UUCUAUUUUUUUUUCAAUUUAAACUUUAAGUCAUAUGUGUUUAGAUUAUUAGAUUUACCAAAAAAUCUAACGUUAGAAAAGUUUAUUUUUUACUCCAUUGUCUCACUUUGUUUGAGCUUUCUGUUUAAACAAAGGCAGUAGCAGGCGUGGUGCAAUGAGGCGAUUAAGUCUGGUCCAGUUAUUUUCCCACUAAACUAACCAACUAUCUAACAAAAGACAUAAAUCAACCAAGAACCCUCUUUAUCUAAAAGCAGUAAUUUGCGUAUUUAGGGAUGCUAGAUGCUUUUCUGCUCACUUUCUCUCCCCCUCGGAGCUAAGUUUGAGGGGAUCAUUUGUAAUUUCGACGCCUCGGGUCCGCUCACUGCUGUGUCCCCGGUGAUCUCGCAUGCCUGGCGGGGAGAGUGGAGCCACCGAGAGACCGGCAGCAGCUUGUCUAUUACCCAUAAAAAACACUGGAUAUGUGUGUGGCUGAAUGACAUGGGGGGAAAUGGGGCGUAAAAUUAAAGAAUCUUGCAGAAAGCGAGAACUGGAGAAGCAAAGUAACCCCCUCCCUCCAAUACACAUGCACAGCCACAUCCAUACUAACACGCGCAAACACACACUUACACUCUCACACACACACAAGCGCAGCCGGUUGUCUUGCAGCCAGUCCAGAAUUUGCUGCAGAAAAACGUUGCAGAAAGAGAAUUGAGCAUUUUCAGUCGUGAAGUGCGGAUGAUGCGCAGUAACCUCAUCACUGCUCCAUUGCUUUUCUCUUUCCUAUGUAUUUAAGAACAGCUGGUUUGACACGUUGUAAUGUUGCAGGAUUUCUCUGACCAGAAGGAUGUGGCCAAACCCUCGGCCAACCCGCCUGUCGGCUACAAUCCGGCGCAGCAGCGCGACGCGGCUGCGGGACUUACAAGCAACAAAACGGACAACAACACUGCCGGAUGCCCAGCGCCCGCCCCUCAUCCUCACUCUCACCCGGCCCCUCAACCGCCGCCGCAGCAGCCGUGCAACGAGAACAAAACUUUUUGUCCCACGGAAAAUAAACCGGGAGACACGGACAGCAACAAAGCUUAUGGGACGUUUAAAAACAUUCCUCCGGCUGUCUCUGGACCCGUGGCCGCCAACUCGGCCUUCAGGAAAGAUUCCGCCGGUUCCGGGUCCGCCAAGUACGGCGACCCGCUGCGGGCCACGGCAGAGCAGAACAACACCGCAGGCAACUGGACGGCUAUGAGCCAGACCACCAUCAUACUGGGAACAGAUGGGAACACGUCUGUUCAGCCCUGCACCGUGGCGGGGACUGACGAUGACGAGGAUGGUGAUGGAGAUGAGAAUAAGGCCAGAGGAAACUGGUCCAAUAAACUGGAUUUUAUUCUGUCCAUGGUGGGCUAUGCAGUGGGACUCGGGAACGUGUGGAGGUUCCCUUAUCUUGCCUUCCAAAAUGGGGGAGGAGCUUUUUUGAUCCCCUACCUGACCAUGUUGGGAAUAGCCGGGAUCCCGAUCUUCUUACUGGAGGUGUCCCUGGGCCAGUUUGCCAGCCAGGGCCCCGUCUCGGUGUGGAAAUGCAUUCCGGCUCUACAAGGUUGCGGGAUUGCCAUGUUGAUUAUAUCUGUCUUGAUAGCCAUAUACUAUAACAUUAUAAUGUGCUGGACACUGUACUACCUGUUCGCUUCGUUGAAGGGCUCACUGCCAUGGGCUAACUGUAGGAAUGAGUGGAACACGGUGGAAUGUAAGGACAAAGACAUGCUGCUGCUGGACUCGUGCAUCCUACGUGACAGAAACAUCACCUCCAUCAAGAACAGCACUUUCUGUCUGUCUGCUAACGCUGUGGGAAACCUGACAAAACUGAUAAACAUGACAGCGGACGCCAACAAGACGUAUGUCAGCCCCAGCGAGGAGUACUUCAAGUACAAUGUGUUGCACAUCUCUAAAGGGAUCGAAUAUCCAGGAGAUCUUCGCUGGCCUCUGGCUGGUUGUCUCUUUCUGGCCUGGCUCAUUGUUUACGCCUCUCUAGCUAAAGGAAUCAAGUCAUCAGGGAAGGUGGUUUAUUUCACCGCCACGUUCCCCUACGUGGUGCUGGUCAUCCUCCUCAUCAGAGGAGUCACACUCCCCGGUGCUGCAGAUGGCAUACUUUAUUUUAUUACACCAAAAUGGGAGAAACUUAAUGAUGCUAAGGUGUGGAAAGACGCAGCCACCCAGAUCUUCUUCUCUCUGUCGGCUGCGUGGGGAGGUCUCAUCACCCUUUCUUCUUACAAUAAGUUCCACAAUAACUGCUACAGGGACACGAUCAUUGUGACGUGUACAAACAGCGCUACCAGUAUAUUUGCUGGUUUUGUCAUCUUCUCAGUUAUUGGUUUCAUGGCCCACGAGUUAAAGGUACCGAUAGAGAAGGUGGCAGAUGAAGGUCCUGGAAUAGCCUUUGUAGUGUAUCCAGAGGCUCUGACCAGACUCCCCCUGUCUCCAUUUUGGGCGAUUAUAUUUUUCCUCAUGCUCCUCACCCUUGGCCUGGACACUAUGUUUGCAACCAUCGAGACCAUCGUCACCUCGGUGUCUGAUGAGUUUCCCAAGUACCUGAGGAAACACAAGCCACUCUUCACUCUGAUCUGCUGUGCCUCCUUCUUCAUCCUAGGAUUCCCCAUGAUCACAGAGAAUGGGAUGUACAUGCUUCAGUUGGUGGACACAUUUGCAGCCUCUUACUCUUUGGUAAUUAUCGCCAUCUUCGAGCUGGUGGGGAUUUCUUACCUUUAUGGUCUGCAGAGGUUUUGUGAGGACAUUGAAAUGAUGAUUGGUUUCCAGCCAAACCGAUUCUGGAGAAUCUGCUGGGCUUUUGUGACACCGACUAUUCUGACGGGCAUCCUUGGACUCAGCUUGUACCAGUGGAAGGUGAUGACAUAUGAGGACUACACCUACCCCACCUGGUCCAUGGUUAUGGGCUGGCUCAUGGUGAUCUGCUCCGUGAUCUGGAUCCCCAUCAUGUUUGCCAUUAAAAUGUAUCUCGCACCUGGCAGCUUUGUUGAGCGUCUGAAGCUGGUCUGCUCUCCUCAGCCAGACUGGGGUCCAUUCCUGAUGAAGCACCGUGGAGAACGCUACAAGAACAUGAUUGACCCUCUGGGAACCAACUCCCUAGGGCUCAAACUGCCCCCGAAGGACUUCCAGCUGGGCUCAUACCAGUAGCAGCUGCCCUGGCGGAAUCACACUCACCACCGUCUGCCCCUACAGGGCCCACCAGGAGGGGUCAGAGUGCUCUUCUCCUCCUCUUUCUCCAUAUUUAUCUCUCUUUCUUCACUCCAUUCUUCACCUCCUCGUGCUUCGUUUGUCAAGACCUGCUUGGUCCUCUCUACUUUGCUUUCCGUUCUCCUCACUACUCCUCCUUCUUCGCUCAGUGAAGAGCAGCCGCCCAGGUGGGAUCAACUCCUUUGCUGCUUCUUUCGUACUGGGUUAACGGGCUUUCAUUCCCACCCACACAUGACCAGUCAUCACAUCCACAGCCCUUCCCAGGGAUCUUUAUUCCAAGAGAAAAUGUGUGUCAUAAAAUGACACAGCUCAGACUGCACUUGCAAUAUUAGACUAACCACACCUGCUCCCUAGGGAGCUCUGUGUGUGUGUGUGUUUGUGUAGUAUGUGUGUGUGUGAGCGUGUGAUCAUAAUGUGUGCAGGUGUAAUCAAUCAACUUGCUGAAAUCAGACAGGAAAAUAAAAUAAGAAAAUUGAAGGAGAGAAAGAAAGAAAUGGUCAAACAAGCUUGUUGGGAAUGUUUUGAUCCAUUUUUGAUCCAUCUGUGUACAAAGCUCCGUAGAUAAUGAAAAAAAAAAUCAACUGCCUUGGAAAAUACUGCACACAGUAGUCAGACUCUGAUCCUAUCCUGUAGAACAUACAGUGCUCAUGUAAAAUGUCCAAACCUGCGAUCUGUGCCUCCUGCGUCACAACAACACCCAGAGAACCUGGUUCAGUAGAUGUGUGUGAGUUUUCCCCCAGUGAAGCCCAGGAACCAUUGUGAACAUCUUCCUGCCAUAUCGUCAUAGAAUAUAAAUGUGCACAUUCCCACGUGAGGAAUGUCCUCUAGUAGAUGACACUGUGGCCAUUUAAUCUCCUAAAUUAUAUAAAAAUAUAUAUAUAAAUAUAUACACAAACAGUUUAUCUAUCAUAUAAAAUAUAUUAUGUAUCAUUUUGCUUCCAGCAAAGAAGGUAGCUAGCAAGGUAGAUACUAAGCGAGUGUAUAUGUGUGUGUGUGAACUAUAAAUUCUAUGUUUGUCUUGCUGGCGGUAAUAUCUUGAACUACAUUGUACACCUCUUUUAAAAAAAGCCUAUCCUCUUCUAGUAAGCGUGUGUGUUGUUGCUUUCUCACAAUGUUAGGAGCAGCCGCUACAUGUGAGUAGAUUAAAAAAACUACGGCCGAAAACGCCGGUUCCGUCCCUGGAAGUGUACUUUGUCUGUUGUUUGUGGUAGAGCUCUGGGGGCCGCCGUGUCUCCACAGUCAUACGCCUCCUCUGUGUUGCUUCUGUGUCCAACAUGAAAACAGGGUCUCAGGUAUAUUUGAUCCCAACUACUCUGGUAGUUGCACAAAAAGAAAAAAAAAAUCAGCAUAGGAAACAGAGAAGAGCCAUCCCAAAUUUGAAAAAUACACAUUUAGAUGUGUGUUAUGGAAGAUCUGUGUUUAAACGCACAUCUUUAUAUGCAACAAACAUUUAGCCGUCUUACCUGCUGUUGCUUGGAUGUGAUGAUGAUUUGACCCGUUCUGAGUGACUGUGUCGAGUAUGAUUUUCCAUUUUGUUUAAGAGAAAUACAACAAAACAUCACACCGUGAAAUGAUUUGGAAUCACAUGGACUCAAAUGAAAAGAUUUGCUCACAAGUUCAUUUCACUUCAUUCACUUUGCAGUUAGAGAACUUGUUUUGACUGCGGUCUGAUGAAAUAUAUAAAAAUAAUGUUGCCGUCUGCAGACUACUCCAGUAGCACAGCAGAUCGUUCCAUACCUUUAUUUAUUUCCAUGCCCAUACCUUUUUGGACUUGUAUAAAUGAACUGUCUUGUGUUGUCCUUAGAGAAGCUCGGUGUCACUGGAACUUAUUUCCCUUUAAGUCGUGCUGUUAUGUCUCAUCCAGCACUCGUGAACUACUGUCAGAGGGUCCGACGGGGGUGUGUUUAAAAGCAAUCAUCAGCUAUAACAGCACAGACGCCUGAUGAACCUGCUGAGUCUGACUGCUGCAGCCUUUUCUUAGUGUGAAUUAGUGAGCAGCUAGCCUCUACUUGACUCAAUCACAUUCAGAGAAACAGUAUGUUUUAAACAAAAUGAGUCAUUUAUGAAUUUUUAGCUCAAUCUAGUAAAUUAUUGUUUUGUGAACAGCGUUUCCCCAACCAUUAUAGUAACCUUAACCUUCUCUUGAUCUCGACAGGAAACACAGCACAGCUAUGUAUUCAGAGGUUGUACAGUUCAGAAAAAACCCCAUAAUAAUAAUAACAAUAAUAAACCAAUGAGCACAAAAGCCCUGUUAUGAAAUCGCUUGCUUGCUCCACAGUGUUGAUUUUGUCUUUGUUGAGUCUUUGUAGAUUUAGAUCUCUUUGUUCAAAUACAAUGAUAUUGUAUGUCUGUGUGUGCCUGUGUGUCUCUGUAUUAGUUGAACUGGCCUCCGUGAAAAAGGUCACUCAGAUGUUUGCAUGGUCAGUCUUGGAGUGGACUGUGGAAAGACAAAUCAGCUGAGAUUUGAACUGGACUUUUCUUUACCAGACAAAUGUGUAACAGACGCUCCAAGGAUGUGAGAGCCGUGUGGGUCACGAGCCAGGAUGGCAUUUUAAAUCAUGUAAUCAUGAAUGUUGUUGAACCUUAAACCUUUGUAGUGAGACUUACUUAAAGUACUUCUAGGCCCUGCUGUUGGAUUUGAUGAGGACAGUUAGGACUCUCACUGUCCUCAUCAUCAGGGGCUUCCCUGCUUUUGCAUUGAAGAAAAAAAGUAUAAAAAUAAGGAUUCAGUUAAAACGACUUUGUUUCAUGAAAUAUAACACUGACAGGCUUGCAUGUGCAGUUUGUGUUGCUGUAGCUCAAUGUCCAUGUAUAUUAAACUCCAUCCUUUAUCCCUCAGUGGUAGAGUUCCAUGCAUGUUUGCCUUAAGGAGUUUUUUGUUCUAUAUAACGUUAAGAAACUGGGGGGUUACCGAUGCCCCUUUUACCAAGGAGAGAGAAGAAAAGGUAACUGUUAAUAAGCUUUGCCUGCAAGUCAUCUUUGGGCAGUAUAAGUAACCAAAGAAAGACGACUUUAACUCUAGAAUUGUAACGGGAACAGAGAGACUUUUUAAAGAUGGGAAUGUGUAAUCUUGGUAUUGGAGGUUAAGAUACUGCCAUUCAUGUCCAUCUAGUAUUCCUCAGUGUUUGCCAAUAUGUUACAAAACAUCUUCAGGUAACCAUUGGCCUUAUAGAUGUCCUCUAAUGGUAGAAAAUGAUAUGUAUUUCCAGAACCACACCACUGACUAGCUUAUAUAUCUGUCUCAUAUGGUACCAGUAUUCCUAUUGUUAUGUCUGUUUGUGUCUUUUCGGCACUUUAUUGUGUGACCUAUGAGUGCAUAGGUUAAAAUUUCUAAUUACUUGAGUAAUGUCAUAUUUCCGUGUGGUCAACGUGAGGUACUGCUGCCUAUGGAUAUAGAAAUGUGCCUCUAAACAGCCCAUGACACCCUUCCAUCCUUCACAAUAGUGAGUAGAUACUGUAUAUAACAGAUAUGUUUUAAAAUAUGUGUGAUGUAAAAAAAGAAGAUAUAUAAUAUAUGUGAAAUGCAUUUAUUUAUUUUCAAUGUCAUCAAUCUUUGAGGCCCUACCUCAGAUUUUGUAUUUAUGUAUAGAAAUGCAAUUGGAUUAUAGUAUCUUUGCCAAUAAUAUAAUAUCGCUAUUAUAUCAUGAGAUGUAUAACCUAUGAAUCAAUAAAUAAAUGUUAUUGU